UACCUGAAGUGAAUCAUGACAACGUUGCGUUACGUCCGCGCUCUGUUUAUAAAGCCUGUACACAACACAGACACUAGCGUACAUCCAAACUCGCCCAAGAUGCUGCUGCUUGCAGUUCUUUUCUGUUCAGCGUCUGCAGCAACGCUCCAAAGCGCGCAGAAUGGUGCUGAAUGUGCGUGCAAUCCUCGUAACGUGGACGAUUCCCUCGAAAUCAUUUCAAUGAACCUCCGUGGGGCACACGCGUCCUACACCGAGUACGGACACAUCAUCUCAAAUCUGAGGGUCAACGGCAGCAUGACUAUCACGAUAGACGACGCUGAGUUCAGCGCACCGAAUCGCUCGUGUUCUUCGAGCGGAGAUUUUUAUGCCACGGCGCUAAGCAUCGGACACAUCCAAAUGACACUGCUGGCAAAGGAUGGGACCAUCACCGUGGCAAGCACGGAAGGCACCCUCACAUACCCGAUGCGAGUUCUCCUCCAGGACGACUGCGUUAGGAUGGAACCACGACCAAGUCUGCACUGGGACCUGAACGCUGUUGUAUGGAAUGUCACUCCGAAGGAUUCAAUGUGGCUGCAUGACAUGUUGCGGGGCUUACGGAGCUUCGUGGACAGUGUCCUUCGUGAAGAGCUGUAUUAAGAUGAACACGAAUAAUUCAUUUUGUAAGCUAUUCACGAACAGCACGAAAUUAAACAACAACUGAAAGGCAUUUUACGUGUCUAAGAUAUAACGUAAAAUAAGAUGCGAAUCACUAUUUUACUUUUCUAUGCAAAAAAAAAAGAAGAAGACAAAACAAAUCAAGAUAUAACCAUUCUCCCAGAGACCACUGAAAAUAUUACCGAUACAAUGGUACAAGUGUGUUUUAGUUACGAGGGAAUUCUGCAUUUGUUAGAAAGUCUUGAUGUCAAGCAAUGGGAUAGGGUGCCGCCUCAGCAGCGAAGCAUCCCACUACAUGACUACUUAUUUGUUGUUGUUGUUGUUGAUGAUGUCAAAAACGCAGUGGGACCUGAUGAAAUAUCGCCAGCCAUUAUAAAACGUUGUGCGAGUAUUAUUGCGACAUAUCUUUUCAUUUUGCAGAGUAAGUCUUUGCGUGACCAUGGUGUGCCCAGCGAAUAGAAAUUAGCAAAUACUGUCCCUACCUUCAAGGACGACAUCAGGUAUGAUGUUGCUAACUAUAUAGUCCUGUAUCUCUUCUUUCUGUGUCAUCCAAGAUUUUUCUAAUGUUAUCAAGCAUUUAAAUGAUCACGAUUAUUCCCAAAGUACAGCAUGGUUUUCGUCAAGCUUACUCAUGUACCACGCAACUAAAUGAAUUUUACAAUGAUUUAGUUUCAUGCUUUGAUAAGUCUGUUCAAACAGGUGUUAUUUCGAUGACUUUAAGAAAGCAUUUGAUGUGGCGCCACACACCUAUAUAUUGCACACACUUUCUUAUUUAGGUAUUGAUAGAUACGUUUUUCUGUGGCUUAACCUUGGGCUAUCUGAGAGACAGAGCACAAUGCGUAGUAAUCGAAGGUCAAACGUCUUCGAAGAGUCACGUGCGCUCAGGAGACCCACAGGGUUCAGUUUUGGGGCCUUUACUAUUUCUUAUUUUUAUUAAUGAUAUUACGUUCUCCGUUAGUUCCAAAAUCACGUUAUUUGAUGAAGACUGCGUAUUAUAUGGGGAAAUUAAAACUGCUUCGGACGUGCAAAUACUUAUAAAUAGCAUAGACAUAAAUAGCAUUGUUUCUUGGUGUGAAAAGUAGGGUGUGAAACAUAAACAAAGGCAAAGCAAUGAAUGUUACAAGAAAAAGGAGUAAGGUUCCGUUCUAAGUUGUACUCUUCCAACCUAUAGCUUCUGAGUAUAAGUAUUUAGGUGUUAUUUUUAGGAACGACCUCAAAUGGAUCGCACACGUAAACUAUGUUUCAGCGAAAGCUAUAAAAAUGUUUCAGUUUGUUUUCCGCAACAUAAGGCAGGCUAAUUUCAAAGCUUAAAGCGAUUCUUAUAUUACAAUGAUCAGGCCGAUUUUAGAAUACGCCUAUAACAGUAUGGGAUCCUCAUGAAGUUAGAUUGAUUCAAAAACUUGAAAGGGUUCAAAACAUUGCUGCAAGAAUGCUAUUUAACUGUAUGGGUUCCCGAAAUAGUGUAACUGAAUUAAAGGCAAACUUGGGGUGGGAAACCUUAUCGUUGAGAAGGCAACUGCGACUUAAGCUUUUGGAUGAUAUCGCAAAUGAUAGGUCUGGUAUUUCAAAGGAUCUUUAUCUGAGCCCUCCCAUGUUUAUCUCACCAAGAUUAGACCACUACAGGAAGUUGAGGCCCUAUCUUUGCAGAACAGACGCUUUUAGGCAUUCAUUUUCCCCAAAACUAUAUAUGAUUGGAACAAGAAUGAGCAGCAAAGUUCACAGAGUUAACCUCUCUCCCCCUUCAUACUCUUGCAAGAAAGAGAGAUUUUACUUUCGAUAAUGUAAUGAGUACUGAUUGGGUUUUUGGAAACUGUACCAGCAGUGAAAUUCAUCGAUUUGGUUAGGUUUGCCAGCUUUGACGCGUAUGAUACGCUUUCUCUCCUUUGUAACUAAUUAUAGUCAUAUAUGGACAAUGAUUCUUUCCCUGAUUGUGUAGUGCAGUGAUUGUCGAAAUGUUAUCUACAUUUUCAUUUUUUUCUUAGUUUUUUACCCCCCGCUACUCUAUGCCGCAAGGCGAUGUAGCGUAACAAGCAUAAAUAAAUAAAUAAAAAAUAUAAUACCAUA